CCCACAGGUUUAUGGCCACCGUUAAUCUCAUCCUGAUUUUUGUCUUCUCCCUGCUUGGAACUGCAUCCUUCCUACAAGUUUUUAGAUGCUCCGAGGUUGAGAGAAACGCCCUUCUUAGCUUCAAACAAGGUCUCGCAGAUCCAUCAGGUCGUCUCUCUUUAUGGGUUGGUGAGGAUUGCUGCAACUGGGUAGGCGUUGGCUGUAACAACAACACGGGACAUGUCGUCGAGCUGGACCUCAAAAACUCAUUUCCGGUGAGUGAAUUUGAUUUUGCUGAAGAAAACUACAUCUCAUUUAAAGAAUAUGCGAAUCGUCAUGUUGAAGUAAGAAAUGCUUACUACAAUUCUUGCUUGUGGGGCAAAAUAAGUUCUUCUUUGCUCGAUCUAAAGCAUUUGAGUUACCUGGACCUAAGCAUGAAUCUUUUCAAUGGAAACGUCCCAGAGUUUUUGGGUUCAAUUGAAAGUUUGAGUUAUCUUAAUCUCUCUUUCUCCUUUUUUUCUGGAGUUGUUCCCCCCCAACUUGGGAAUCUAUCAAAGCUCCAAUAUCUAGACCUCAAUUCAUAUUCCUUGUCAUCCACAAUCCAAAGGGUCAUUCCCUUUGCAGCGGAAUUGGAAGUCAAAAGCCCACAGUGGUUUGGUGGUUUUCCUUCUCUUAUGUACCUUAAUUUAGGAUCUGUAAAUCUCGAUAAAGUACCUGAUUGGGUUGAUGCGGUUAAUAUGCUCCCUCCCUUGGUGGAGUUACACCUACAUUUUUGUAGUCUUGUUAGUCUUCCUUACUCUAUUUCCCCCAUUAACUUCACAUUGCUUUCGGUCCUUGAUCUCUCUUUUAACAGAUUUAACUCCUUCAUACCUCCUUGGUUGUCAAAUGUGAGUGGGCUUUCAACACUAAAUCUUCAGUUCAAUUCACUUAGAGGUGCUAUUCCAGAUGGUAUGGGACAUCUAGCCAACUUGCACAACUUGGAUUUAUCUUUCAACAAUGUAAUUGGAAAGAUACCAAGCUCAUUUUCUAAACUUUGCAACUUGCAAACAUUACAUCUGCAAGUCACCAACAUAAGUGGGGAGAUAACUGAGUUUGUGGAUGGCUUGUCUCAAUGUUCUAAUAGUAGUCUUCAAACACUUGACCUCUCUGAAAGCUCUGUUCGGGGUUCACUGCCAGAUUCUAUCGGAAACUUAUCAUCAUUGCAAGCACUUGACGUCUCGGUGAAUCAUAUGAACGGAACCAUUCCACAAAGCAUCGGGAAACUGUCAAUGCUUGUUUCAUUGAGACUUGGUUCGAAUUCUUGGGAAGGUGUUCUAACUGAAGCUCAUUUCGAAAAUCUCACCCGAUUAGAAUCUCUGCUCUUGACUCCAAAAUUUUAUGCGAAAUGGACAUUGGUUUUAAAUGUCAAACAAGACUGGGUUCCUCCUUUUAAGCUGAGAUAUAUUGGAUUAGCAAACGUGCGGAUCGGCCCAAAUUUUCCAGCAUGGCUAAAAACACAAAAUGAACUCAAAUUUCUUCUGAUAAAUAAUGCUGGCAUUUCUGACACCAUUCCGCAUGGCCUUUGGAAGUACUACCCAAAUGUCACCUAUUGGAGUCUAUCUGAUAACAAUCUUCACGGGCAGGUACCAUACUUUCAAUUUCAUCCUUCGGCAUAUUAUUUUGAUUUGGGUUCCAACAGCUUAAAGGGUCCACUCCCAAUUUUUCCGAGUAACUUGAGUGUCAUACUUCUCGAGCAUAAUAUGUUUUCUGGACCCAUUCCUGAAAACAUAGGUAAACUAUUGCCAAACGUAACUUCAUUGGAACUCUCUUCAAAUUUAAUUACCGGUAGAAUUCCCCAAUCUAUUGGAAUGCUAAAGGAAUUGAUAACUCUUAGUUUGAGAAACAAUUCCCUAUCUGGGAAACUACCCCCUCAUUGGAAGGAUUUACAGCAGUUAAAGGUAUUGGACCUAGCAAAUAAUAAUAUAUCUGGCAAUGUUCCAAGUUCAAUGCAAUAUUUGCGUUCACUAGAUAUAUUAUUGUUGCGCCAAAAUCAUCUUGAAGGAGAGCUUCCUUCUUUCUUUAGAAACUAUAGAAACUUGAGAAGCAUUGAUCUUGGCGGAAACAAAUUCUUUGGAGAACUUCCAGUGUGGAUAGGAGAAAGUUUUUCAUCUUUAUUGAGGUUAGGCCUAAGGUCCAACUUAUUUCACGGGAACAUACCUCCUCAAUUAUGUCUUCUUUCAAGUCUCCAAAUCAUAGACCUUGCACACAAUGAUUUUUCGGGUGCAAUCCCUCAAUGUUUAGGAAACUGGAGUAGAGAUGAUUAUAGUUAUUCUGGCCAGUUUGAUCAUAUACAGUUGGUUUCUAAAGGAAGAGAAUAUCUAUAUGAGUAUUCAAUCAUUAAUCUUGUUCACUCCAUAGACCUUUCAAGUAACAAUUUAUCGGGAGAAAUACCUGGCAAUAUAACAAGCCUGUUAAGAUUGGUUAACGUGAAUUUAUCAAUGAAUCAUCUGACUGGAAGAGUUCCUGAAAAAAUUGGGGAUUUAUACAUGUUAGAAUCACUUGAUCUCUCAAUGAAUGAGCUUUCUGGUCAUAUCCCUGAAAGCUUGUCUUCUUUGAACUUCUUAAGUUACUUGAAUUUGUCAUUCAAUAACUUGUCUGGAAAAAUUCCAAGUGGGAAUCAACUUCAAACACUUAAUGAUCCUUCUAUCUACAAAGGUAACUCUUUACUCUGUGGGCCUCCUCUUUCGACCAAAUGUUCAGAGGAUGAAACUAAACCUAGACCAAAUGGUGGUAACAGAGUAGCCAACGAAAAUGGAAGGGACAUUGGGUCAUUCUUGUUCUACAUUAGUAUGGCAGCUGGAUUUAUUGUUGGAUUUUGGGGAGUUUGUGGCACACUGAUUAUUAAAACGUCAUGGAGGCAAGCUUACUUUCGAAGCUUUGAUAAUUUGAAAGACAAGAUUGUUUUGUUCGUUAUGGUCAAAAUUGUUCGCUUGCUAAGCAAGGUCAAGUCGGAGAAAAGUUGAGGAGGCUAUGGGCACCAUUGGAGCUUUCCUCAAUAUGCAUCAAUUAUAUAUUGUGUGGGCUGUUACGUGUGCAUGGCUGAUGGCUGCAGUAGUUAUGAGUAAUUGACAGCAAGUUAUCCUUAUUGCUUUGGUGUUGUUAUUUCGUUGUAUUGUGUUGAGUCGUGUGUCA